UUUGGAAGUUCCAUCGGCCGCCCCUUCGUCAUUUCGAAUUCAAAUCUCUCUCUCUCUCUUUCUCUCCGCCUUCGCUUCGCCAUGGGUGGAUCUCACAGCCGUGAGGGCUUGGAGCUUUCCGAGUCCGAGGAAGAAGAAGAAGUAGAGGGAGGAGAAGAACGAGAAGUGGAUGAAGAAGGUGGAGGAGAACAAUUUGAUCGAAGCCGCGGCGUGCAUCGAUCCGGUGAAACCCUAGCCCCCUCCGCCUCCCUUGAGGAGGUAGAUCGGAAGCUUCAAUCGCUGAAGCUCAAGUACUCGAAGCCUAUCUCUUCGUCUCCCUCCUACAACCCUAGCUCUAAUAAUGGCGUCAAGUUGUACCUCCAUAUUGGCGGCCACUCCCCGGCCGCCCGUUGGGUCGUCUCUGACAAACUCACUUCCUAUGCGUUCUUCCGUCCUUCUAACUCCGACGACUCCGAUGGGGACGAGGAGAUCCCGUCCUCGUCGCCUUGGUUCUUGCGGAUCGGCAGCAAGGUCCGUGCCAGGGUCGCCCCGGAGCUCCAGCUUAAGACUUUUUGUGACCAGCGUCGAGUGGAUUUUGUCGCUGAUGGGGUGUGGGCCAUUAAGUUCUUCACCCCCGAAGCGUACCGGGGGUUCCAGGAACAAUACCAAAGUUGCCUCUUUGAGAACACCUAUGGCUUCGAGGCGACCGAGCAGAACAAGGUGAAGGUGUUUGGGAAGGAUUUCAUGGCGUGGGCGCAGCCGGAGGUGGAAGAGGACAGUAUUUGGGUGGAUGCGGAGGAAAGCUGUGAGAAGAGUCCAGGAUUGGCCACCCCGAGCAGGGUAAACGAGGACCUGAUGAACGAGUUUGAGGAGGAGGCAGAUGAAGGUGGCAUACAGAGCCUUGCGCUGGGAGCGCUGGACAAUAGUUUCUUGGUGGGUAAUUCUGGAAUACAGGUUCUAAGGAACUUUAGCCAUGGGGUUCAUGGGAAGGGGGUUUCAGUGAAGAUUUCUGGGAAUGGAAACCAAAGGGACAGGUAUUCGACUCCAAAGAAGGCACUUUUGAUGAGGGCGGAAACCAAUAUGUUGUUAAUGAGCCCAGCACAAGCUGGGAAACCCCAUGCGUCCGGGGUUCAUCAACUGGACAUUGAGACUGGAAAGAUUGUUUCUGAGUGGAAGUUUGAGAAGGAUGGAACUGAUAUUACCAUGCGAGAUAUCACAAAUGACUCCAAGGGUGCUCAAUUGGACCCAUCAGAGUCAACCUUCUUGGGCCUAGAUGACAAUCGUCUUUGCCGUUGGGAUAUGAGAGACCGCAGAGGGAUAGUUCAGAACCUUGCAAAUGCAAUGGAAACCCCAGUGUUGGAUUGGACACAAGGUCACCAGUUCUCUAGGGGUACAAAUUUCCAAUGUUUUGCUUCCACUGGUGAUGGUUCAAUUGUUGUUGGGUCUCUGGAUGGGAAGAUACGUCUCUAUUCAAAAAGUUCUAUGCGGAUGGCAAAGACGGCAUUCCCUGGACUUGGAUCACCAGUUACUCAUGUUGAUGUCACUUUUGAUGGAAAGUGGAUUUUGGGGACGACAGACACAUAUUUAAUCCUCAUAAGCACAGUUUUCAAGGACAAAGAUGGAAAGGAGAAGACUGGUUUUAGUGGGAGAAUGGGGCAACGAAUUGCUGCUCCAAGGUUACUGAAGCUUACUCCAUUGGACUCACAUCUUGCAGGCUCGAACAAUAAGCUCCACAAGGGUCAAUUUUCAUGGGUGACUGAGCACGGUAAACAGGAGAGGCAUCUAGUUGCAACCGUGGGCAAAUUUGGCGUUGUCUGGAAUUUUCAGCAAGUCAAGGAUAGCAACCACGAAUGCUACAAGAACCAGCAAGGAUUGAAGACCUGUUAUUGCUACAAGAUCGUACCUAAAGAGGAAUCCAUUGUCGACAGCCGCUUCAUGCACGAGAAAUUCGCCAUCAGCAACUCCCCAGAAGCUCCUCUAGUUGUUGCUACCCCAAUGAAAGUAAGCUCGUUCAGUAUCUCGGCUAGAAGUAGGCGCUGAUUGCUUGCCACGGUUGGAAAUGAACUAGUUUGGAUUUUUUUUUUCCCCCCACUGUUUUGGAUAUUUCAUUUCAUGUUGAUUUUCCACUGUAUUUCUGAUUUGGCUCUGACCUUCAGCUAUGUAGACUUGAUCACCUUCUACUGUGUUGAUUACAUAUGAUCUCGUGAA